AUGACAUCGACGGAGCUCAUCAACAAUUAUGAUAUUCACCUUGAGAGGUACUGCAAUAUUUACAUUCGAAGAAAGUCGGGCGUUCCUGGUGAUCCUACGAUCUUUGAUGAGAUCGAUCAACUGAGAUUUUGUCAAUCAGUAAAUCAAAUCACUGACAACUAUUACAAUCCGAGUUGUCCGAAGAGAUGGGAUAUUGAGUGCCCGAAAUUGCAAAAAGCCCUGAGCUGUUCACUUUCUCGGUUGAUUAAUCAACAUGAUCUCAAAAAUCCGUUCUAUUCGUGGGGUUUCAAAACGAAAGGAAGUUCGUUCGAGCCACGAGAACCGCUCAAGCAUAUUCCUCAAGUUGGAUCAGUUGUAACUACAACAUCUAGUGGAUACGGUACCAAUAAAAGCAGCAGCUCGUCGCAACCGAGAUUUGAUAUUGUGACAGAAUUCCAAGAGAAUUGUUCGAUCGUUGGUCCCAAAGUGAAUAAUAGACAAGAAGCCGCAACAGCUCUAAAAACAAAACAUGAACUAAUGGGCCCUGAAUGUUAUCGUCAGCAACAGAAACCAAAAUGGAAUUGGCACAAUCAGAACAAACAGGAUAAAAAUAGAAGAAUGGAACAUCCAACGUCGAGUUAUUUAUCUUGUGCGAAAAUGCCAGUUACCCAUCGCCCCGCAGCUGCUUCAAGGGUUCCGUUUGCUCAGCAACAAAGUGUUGGGAACAGCAAAAAUCAGAAUUCACUUCAUAGCUCCACCCAUCAUCCGAAAAAAUAUUUCACCAACACCUCCGAACCACGGAAGCAAGUUUCCUCACAUAAAAAACCUUCAGAACCGAAAUUGGUCAAACCAAAGCCAUCGAUCAAGUAUAAUGAGUUUAUCGCAAAGCCAAAGCCAAAGUUUUCGUUUGAUCCUGUCACCAAUGUCCUCCAGAAAAACUUCUAA